UCCCAGCAUGCCUCGCGCCCGGCGCGCCCCGCUCUCCAGCACGGGCGGCGGCCAUUGGGCGGCGACGCGCAGCCAAUCAGCGGGCUCCUUGUUGAGAGGACGGUGAGGCGGCUCUGAGGGAAAGGAGCGAAGAUGGUUCUGGAGAGCACCAUGGUGUGUGUUGACAACAGCGAGUACAUGAGAAAUGGGGACUUCUUACCCACUCGCUUGCAAGCCCAGCAAGACGCUGUCAACAUCGUGUGCCACUCCAAGACCCGUAGCAACCCUGAGAACAACGUGGGGCUCAUUACCUUAGCCAAUAACUGUGAAGUGUUGACCACGCUCACUCCAGACACAGGCCGGAUCCUUUCAAAGCUACACACGGUGCAACCCAAAGGGAAGAUCACCUUUUGCACAGGGAUCAGGGUUGCUCACCUGGCUUUGAAGCAUCGCCAGGGCAAGAAUCACAAGAUGCGAAUCAUUGCCUUUGUUGGGAGCCCUGUAGAAGAUAACGAGAAAGAUCUGGUGAAACUAGCAAAGCGUCUGAAGAAGGAGAAGGUCAACGUUGACAUUAUCAAUUUUGGAGAAGAGGAAGCCAACACAGACAAGCUGACAGCCUUCAUUAACACCCUGAAUGGCAAGGACGGCACGGGCUCCCACCUGGUGACGGUGCCGCCGGGGCCCAGCCUGGCCGAUGCCCUCAUCAGCUCCCCGAUCCUGGCCGGCGAGGGGGGGGCCAUGCUGGGCCUCGGCGCCAGCGACUUCGAGUUCGGCGUGGACCCGAGUGCCGACCCGGAGCUGGCGCUGGCUCUGCGUGUCUCCAUGGAGGAGCAGAGGCAGCGGCAGGAGGAGGAGGCCAGGAGGGCUGCGGCCGCCUCUGCGGCUGAGGCUGGGAUCGCAGCCACCAGCGGGGAUGAUUCGGACGAUGCGCUGCUGAAGAUGACGAUCACCCAGCAGGAGUUCGGGCGCGCCGGGCUGCCCGACCUGAGCAGCAUGACGGAGGAGGAGCAGAUCGCCUACGCCAUGCAGAUGUCGCUGCAGGGAGCGGAGUUUGCGCAGGCGGAGGCGGCCGAGGUGGACAGCAGCACGGCCAUGGACACCUCCGAGCCCACCAAGGAGGAGGAUGACUAUGACGUGAUGCAGGACCCCGAGUUCCUGCAGAGCGUGCUGGAGAACCUGCCCGGCGUCGACCCCAACAACGAGGCCAUCCGCAACGCCAUGGGCUCGCUGGCCUCGCAGGCUUCCAAGGAGGGCAAGGACAAGAAGGAGGAGGACAAGAAGUGAGGGGCUGGGGGCUGGGGGCUGCGCCUGACGCGGCAAUAAAGGCUGAAGCACGGUGCCGGCUCCCUGA